AUGAAUGAGUCAGUAUGGGACAAAACUCUGUGUCAAAUGGAUUCAGAUGGAGAUGGAUUAACAAAUGGAUAUGAAUUAGGAGAUCAUAAUUGUGUAUGGGUAGCUGGACAAGGAAUGACACCAACGAGAGUCACAGGCAUCACUCAUCCCGGAAUAUGUGAUCCUUUCGAUGCUCCAGAAUGCUACGAAGCAAAUAAAUACCUCACAAUAUCAUGUACACCAAACUCUUUUAACUGUAAUGCAACACAAGAUCCUGGUGUUGUCAGUUAUACUUACUCCUUACCUUCGAACACACCAGUACCGAAUACAGAAACAACAUAUAUAUGCAUGGUAUUUGAUUUUCCACAAGGGGAGGACCUCCAUCUGAUUGCUUAUGAACCAGUAUUAGAUAACGCAGACGUGAUGCAUCAUAUCACGUUAUUGGGGUGUAUGCCUGGGCAGACAGUACCUCCUGAAGAGGUUGGCAUUCCUCAUAAAUGUGGAAUGGCAGCUUCAAGUUCGUGUCAAACUGUAUUAGGUGUAUGGUCUCUGGGAUUAGCAGGUCAUUGUCUGACCGAUGAAGCUGGAAUCAGAAUUGGGCAAAACAUGUAUACACAAGGUGCUAUACAACUACACUGGACAAAUCCACUGCUUUCAAGCAGUCUAGUUGACGGAUCAGGGCUGAAACUUUACUUUACACCUAACUUACGUCCAAAUGACGCUGGAGUUUUCGUCACUGGUCAGAGUUAUCUGAAAAUUCCAUCGGGUCAUGAGAUCCAUCAUGAACAAGGCGAAUGUCCAGCCGAUUGUACAAAACAGCUGUUCACAGGAAAUAUUCAUGUGUUUUCAGCUUUGAACCAUAUGCAUUAUUUGGGCAGUGAAAUGAAAGUAGAACUACACAGGAACGGGACAAAGAUUGCAGAUAUAACAAAUGAUCCCUCAUUUGCUUAUGAUUCUCCUCAUAUGCACGAGUAA